UCCGUAGUUUAGAUAAACUGUCUGUAGAACGGAAUUCGUAAUAUGGCGGCUACUUAUUACAGAUCGCUUUUAACGUCUCCUAGUAAAUCUAUCCUAACCUUUAUGAUAAAAAGUAUAAAACUGAACUAAAUCCCUCUCUCAAAGAACCCAGUGGACCAGCAGAUAUCACACUUAUAUGAUAUUGCCCAGUAGACAGAAAGAUAUCGCUAUAUAGAAGGCAUUCUUCUAAAAAUAAUGGACCACCAGUCUGUUCUCAACCAACGACUAUGAAAGUUAUUCUCUGCAAUCUAUUUCUCCAUACGGUUCCAGUGUAUUAAAAGACUCGCCUCUCCUCUUCACACUAGUUCUCUGAAAUAGUUAGAGUUUAUGUUGGCAUUUCACUGCUACCACUAUUGUUGUAGUAGUCAGUCAUUUGAAAUAUGAUUUCUUUUGAUAAAACCCCGGUCUCCUCAGAAACCUGCCAUUCUGUUAUGCAAUCGUACCCUAAUCAGUCAUCUAAUAUUCCAGAAACAGCUAUGUACUCCCCUUCAUUUGCACUGCCUAAUGACAUGGGGUCUCGUUUACAGUAUACCAAGCCUGCUGCCACUUUACCAAACAAUUCUAUACAAGAACAGGCCCCUUACUUAUAUUCAAGUUUUCAACAACAGACUACAAUUCAAUAUCCAACCACUAAUAACUCGCUAGUUGAUAAUAGCAAUCUUGCUGUGCUACACCAACCAACGAGAUCAGAACUACCAGUUUCAAAUAACAAUCUGAUAAAUGUAUAUUCAAAUAGUGUUUCUCAGUCAUUUUAUAACCAGACAUUACAGAGUGAAGAAAGUGUUAAUCUAAUGCGUGCUAGGCCUUCAGAUGGAUUAUUAAAAGAGUCACCUCCCAAAGACCGGAUUUAUGAACACAUAUCCCAUGCACAUUCUAUUUCCAAAUCCCACAAAAAGAUAACAGAACUCAGUGAUGAAGAUUUGUCUUCAAGAUUCCCAUCUAGCCCUCUGAUAAGUUCCAAAAUUAAGCCCUCAUCAUUAACUUUAUACUCUAGUAUUUGCAAGUCGUUGUCGUCGUCAUCGUCAUCAUCUGUUGAAAACAAGAAGAGAAGGCGUUCGCGCUCACGUUCUUCUUCACCGUCUUACUCACGAUCAAAGUCUCCUAGUUCCUACUCGAGAUCCAGAUCGUCAUCUAGAAGAAAGUCUUCGAGAAGAUCUCGAUCUAAAAGCCCUUAUUCAAAAGGCAGAGGUCACUCGGACAAACCCCGAUACAGCUCUAGGUUGAAUGAGAAUGACAAGUCAUCCAAGAGAUCAUCGCGAUCGAGGAGUCGAGAGAAGGACUACCAUAGGGAGACAUCCCAAGGUGAUAAAUACAGAGCAUCAAGUAGACAUAGGUCAUAUAACACAGACAGUAACCAUUCCUCGACAACAGAUAAAUCUAUCACAUCAAAAGACGAUCGAUUAGCCAUCGACAAAGUCAAGUUACACAAUAUUGCAGUUGAGAAACUGAUCAAAUCUGGAACUGCAGCCAAAGAAGAUAUUGCAUCAUUGCGAGCUGGUGGGAAAACUGUUGAAGAGUUAAUAAAUUAUUGUAAACAGAUAUCACAAAAGGAACACGAGUCCAGUUCUGAUAAUUCUUUGUAUGAUUCAAAGAAACCUGAAGAAGAAAUUGAAAUCACAAACCAUCCUUUCAAACGACCAGAGAAUAAUUGUAUAGUCCAGGCUGUUAGAAGUGCUAUUUUAAAUAUGAAGAAUAACAAACACCACCAACUGCCCUCCCCUCAAGAUAUGGUGAAAGAUUCACCCUUAAGGCUUCAAUUCCCGGUGUCCAGUGGCAGCCAACAUCGUGCUAAAGAACUUCAGUCAACCACAGGUCAAUUAGGCUUUCAGAAAAACUCUACAGCUCACUCUGUGUAUGCUCCAGGAAGGAAUGGUAAACUCGAUUCCUUGGAUACAAACUCAAAUUCAGACCAAGUAUUUCCUGAAGACUGCCAACAGGAUUUCAAUAUAACUCAAGUGAUGACUGAACGUAUGAAUGCUGUGAAGAAACUGCAGAAGAACCCUCAUGACACCCAAGCCUUAGGCACCAUGUAUCGAGCACAGAAAGAGUUGAAUCGGUGGGCUCAGUCAAAGCAGUUACCUGGUUUAUUUACUGGAAGUACUGGGGCCAAAGUGAUGACGCUUGAGGAGUUAAAUGGACCUGACAAAAAAUUACAAGCUUGGGCGAAAAAGCAACAAAUAAUCAAUGCUGCUCCUGUGAAAGGUGGCAUUGGUAUGCACUUACUACAGAAGAUGGGUUGGCGCGAAGGGGAAGGACUCGGCAAGAACAGCAAAGGACCGACAGAGCCCAUCAUUGUCAAUGUGAAAAUUGACCGCAAAGGUCUCACAUCACAUGGUGAAGAUCCAAAGAAAUCUCAAGCUGUAGAACUGGCUAAACACAUUUCAGGUAAACAUCCUGUCUCUGCUUUGGUUGAACUAAGCAACAAAUUAAAGUGGGGUGCUCCGAUAUUCCAGCAGAUUGAAGAGAGGGGCCCCGACCACAAAAAGACUUUUAAAUACAAGGUUUCUGUCAACAACAUCACAUACCAACCGACCACUUCGAGCAACAGCAAGAAGACAGGCCGUGCCAAAGCCGCUAUUGUUUGUCUUCACAAUCUCGGCUUGCUGCCCAAAGAAUUCUCAGUAUAAUAGUCUCCUUAGAUCUAUCCCCCACCCCCCACAACUCCAACUCCAACUUUCUUAUUUUCCAUGCAAAAAAUGUUUCAGUUAUUUCUUUCUGUUUGUUAAACUACAA